CGUUUCGUCCCAGCGGGGACGGAGACUCGUUGUUUGCUCAACGUCACUGUCGGUGUCCCGUUGCUCUCAAGGUCUCGUCGACGAUGUCCGGCGUCCGCGUGUUGAUCUGCGCUCUCGCGCUCUACCUGGGCGGCUGCUGCUCGGCUGCCGACCACCUCGUGGAUCCGGACCUGGUCGUCCGCAACGUCGAGCGGCACAUCGACCUGCAGUCCCAGCUGACCAAGAUCACCACUCGGGUGGUGCUGGACAACAGCGGUAAGGACCGCGGCGUCCCGAGCUUCCUCUUCUGCCUGGACUUCGCCCAGAGCAGAUCCAUCAGUUACGUCGCGGCGCACGUGGAGCCCGGCAAGCUGGAGCUCAAGGUGACCGAGGCCAAGGUGGCGGCGUACCGCGACAGAACCUUCUACUCCGUUGAUCUCGGCAACCACCUGGCGGCCCGGCGCACCCUCACCAUCGAGCUGGAGACUGUGCUGACGCACGAGCUGGCGCCGCAUCCCAAACAGAUCACCCAGCAGGAGAAGCAGUUGGUCAGAUACACGGGGAACGUGUACACCUGCCUGCCGUACGCCGUCACCAAGCAGACCACCUACGUCGCGCUGCCCACGCGCAAUCUCGAGAGCUACACCAAGAUCAAGCCGGUCUCCCAGACCGGCUCGAUGCUCGCCUACGGGCCGUACGAGGCGCAGCCGCCGUUCGCCUACGAGGAGAUGACGGUGCACUUCGAGAACAACAACAAGUUCCUGACGGUGACGCGGCUCGAGAGGAUCAUCGAGAUCUCGCAUUGGGGCAACGUGGCCGUCGAGGAGCACAUCGACCUCCUGCACACCGGCGCGCUGCUCAAGGGCUCCUUCUCGCGCUACGAGUACGCCCGCGAGUCCAAGUCCGGCCAGGCCAGCAUCCAGAGCUUCGACACCGUCCUGCCGGCGGCCGCCUCCGACAUCUACUACCGCGACGAGAUCGGCAACAUCUCCACGUCGCACACCCGCGUCAAGAAGGACUCGGUCGAGCUGAACCUGCGGCCGCGGUUCCCGCUGUUCGGCGGCUGGAAAACCCGCUACACGAUCGGCUACAACGUGCCCAGCUACGAGUACCUCUUCCACUCCGGGGACGAGUUCGUCCUGGAGAUGCGGCUGCUGGAUCACGUCUUCGACGACAUGGUCGUAGACGAGAUGGUCCUCAAGAUAAUCCUGCCGGAGGGCGCGCGGAACAUCAAACUGGAGCUACCGUAUCUCGCCACUCGGCUGCCCGACUCCCUGCACUACACGUAUCUGGACGUGACGGGACGCCCGGUGGUCUCCGUGACCAAGAACAACCUGGUGGAGAAUCACAUUCAGAGUUUCAGGCUUAGGUACACGUUCCCGCGUCUGCUGAUGCUGCAGGAGCCGCUCAUGAUCGUGCUGGCGCUCUGGCUCAUGUUCCUCGCGGUCAUAGUCUACGUGAGAUGCGACUUCUCCAUCGACAAGGACGAGGCGUCGGAGAGCAAGCUGAGGAUCGCCGGGCAGUGCGAGAAGGUGCUCGCCGUUCAGGACCGCCGAAUCGCGACCUACUACAGCCUGGAGGAGCAGCUGGCCUGCCUCAAGACCUCCAAGGACACCAACGUUUUCCUCUCCGCGAUCAAGGGCAUCAAUCAGGAUUACAAGGCGGCGAACAACGCGCUCAACGAGAUCGCGCAGAAGAUCAAGGGCGAGUCCAGCGACGUGUACGAUCGCAUACAGGAGCUGCAGAAGUGCGAUCGUUAUCUCAAAGAGGUCUACGGCCAGCUGCAGAGCCUGUACCUGGAGAAGCUCAUCCCGGGCAAGAUCAACCGGCAGCAGUUCAUCGACAUGGAGAUGACCAUCUCCAGGAAAAAGGAGGACUGCAUCGAGAAGAUCAACGCGAUCGUCAAGUCGCUCCGGUAAUCCGCGUACCGUGCGAGACUCCCCCAGGAUUUCGAAAGCAACGACGGUGUUGCGUCUGCGAUACUGCAAAACGCCGAACCUCGCACAUCUGUUAAUAUUCCAUUUCGCGAGCACCGAGCAAGGAUUCCAUACGUUCACGCGCGCGUCGAGUCACAAGGAAACUCUUGUCUGCAUAGAUUAAGCUUUAUAAUAUAUAGAGGAGGAGAAACACUGAACGAAACGUUUUGUUCGUUGUAUUUGUUAUUUUCAGGAAACGUUGUAUCAAUAAAGUAAACUUGUAAGAGAUAA